UGCGUACUAUACCGUCAGUCUGGCGACUGCUGCCAGUAAUAACAGGGUGUACUGGUCUCUCUUAUCACGGCGUCGUCUUUCUCUUUUGUCGCAAGUUUCAACAGCGGAUUUAACUCUUAGUGUAGCUCAGCAGGGCAUAUAUAUAUUAUCAUGGCCGACGGCGCGGAGGCAGCUUCGGCCUUAUUAGAGGAUCAUCGGAGAAGUAGCGGCUGAGGAUGACGGAGGAUGCAGGACAGGAAUGAGCUGCACGCGAUGAGGGACUCAUGUACGAGGAAGCUCAGGGCGAUCGGUGGCGUCUGCGUGCUGCUUGCCAUCGCCGGUAUAUUCUACGUCGGAUUCUUUUGUCCGGAUCAUACGUGUGCCCUCAGCGGCCCUAAGGAAACAGCUAGGCUUGCGGAACCUCUUCUGUCGGGUAACUCUCUUGGCCUAGGAUCUAAUUCGCUUGAAUUAGAGAAGAAGAAUUUUUUACCCGUACAUCCUGCUUUCAAACUACAGAGUAUUCAAGGAAGUCUUGGUUAUAAUGAUGUCUUUCUAAAUGACUCCUUUCAAUUUGAUAUCAAUGCGAAUGAUGUCAUGGUUUUUCUGCAUAUCCAGAAGACUGGUGGCACUUUAUUUGGUAAACAUUUAGUUCGGGAUCUUGAUCUUCAAAGACCAUGUUCAUGUCAAAGGCGACGAAAGCGUUGCUUUUGUUUCCGUCCAAAUCGAAAUGAAAAUUGGCUAUUCUCGAGAUACUCCACUGGAUGGAAGUGUGGAUUACAUGCCGAUUGGACAGAAUUAACAAGUUGUGUUGAUUCUGAGCUGAACAAAAUUGAGGGAAAUAACGUUAAACGAAGAUAUUUUUAUGUAACUAUCAUUCGAAACCCCGUAGCGAGGUAUCUGUCUGAAUUUAGACAUGUGCAAAGAGGAGCUACAUGGAAGGGUGCUCGGCACUGGUGCGGAGGUAUACAGGCGAACAUACCGCAGUGUUACUUUAGCCCUAAUUGGAAAGGAGUGACUCUAGAAGAGUUCAUGGCUUGUCCCCACAAUUUGGCAAACAAUCGACAAACUAGAAUGUUAGCAGACUUGUCUCUUGUUGGUUGUUACAACUCAUCGCUUAAUAAUAUAGACCAUGAUCGAAUAAUGUUAGCUAGUGCAAAACGUAAUCUCAAGUAUAUGCCGUUCUUCAUGCUCACAGAAUAUCAAAAGGUCGGACAAUACUCAUUCGAAGAAACCUUCGCAAUGAGAUUUGCUGUUCCAUUUGAACAGCAUAAUGCAACAUUAAGUGCUGCCACGAUGGCAACUCUCACCCCCGAGCAACUAGAUGCUGUUAGAAGGCUCAAUAAGCUAGAUAUCGAACUGUACGAAUUUGCAACCAAUCUCGCAUUUCAAAGGUUUCGUCGUUUGAGAGAUCGUGAUCCGUAUUUCGUUCAACGUUUCCAGCAUCUUGGGGAGCUACCAUCAAGACAAAGUGUGACUGAAUUUAAUUGGGAUUCAGUGAUAGAGGACACAACGGAUAUUGAUUAGCUUUCAAAAGCUAAGCACGAAACGUAUGUUUGCUUUCUAACAAACGCAGAAAUCGCAAUUAAGGUAUUACUUAUGUGAAGUAUUCACUUUUAAACUUUACUUUACAAUCAAGUUUUACCCUUUUGUUUGCAUGAUCCAGUGCUGUACAGUUUGUUUUCUUGUUUCUGCUUUUAAUGAAAGAACACUUCUUUUUCUUCCUGUUUAAUUAUCCUAUAUUUUUUUGCCGAAAAUCUAUGCGCCGACUCGGUCCACUCUGAAAAAAUGUUCAUUCUCAUGAAAUUUUUAGUAAAAUAUGCCAACAGCUUUAUCACUGAAAUCAAAGAAAGUUAAUUAUAAAAAACAGGCCCAAUUUUCAUUACUUACAUUAUGACUGUUGUGUAGACAAGUUAAUAAGGAUGACAGUUUUAUAAUUUGAUAACUUGCAAUAUUUUCAUCAAAGUUCUUCCAUUUGUGCGCACACAUGUUUGGUUUUAGAUGAGUAUUUUUUAUGAUUUUAAAAUUUUUUUUAUAUCUUUUGAAUGUUUCAUAAAUAUUUAUACUACUCUGAAGAGAAGCAUAUCUAUACAAAUUUUAUAUUAGCUUGUCUUCAAUUAAUACAGAUGACUACCGUUAUCUUUUAACAUCUAGCAGUGCCAUUCUUUUCAUCUCUAUUUUUUUCAAAAACAUUAUUACUGAAUUUUUUCUUUUAUAAAUUAGUUAAUGAAAGAUUAGAAAUUAAGACCCAACUUUCAUAUUUGUUCACAUUGUAAUAUGUGAUAGUGUAAAUGAAAGUUAGAAAAGUGGAAAAAUUGUGAUAUAUAUAAACUACUUUCAAGUACUUUAUCUCCAAAGGUCUAACUGCUAAUCAAAAAGCAGUAAUUUAAGAGACAAAACAAAUAAUGUGACUCAAUAUUAAUGUACAUACACAUGUCUUGAUGGGCGACUUUUGAAUAAUUCUGCUCUUCCAAAAUAAAAUUUUACUGUCAAAUCUGUUAUAAUUCAUAUUAACAGUUCGUAUAAGUAGUACAUCUAUCUUUUUGUAUCGACUAAAUUUUAAUAUUCUGAGUGUGCAUGUUAAAAUGCAUCAUGGAUCAUAGAUGCACUUGAUUAUUUUAUUAUGUGUAUUUAUAAUAGGGGCGUACAAAGAUCUCAUAAUUGUAAACAUUAUUGUACAUAUUAACGUUUAAUAAUAGGUAUUUACCUAACUUUUUUCUUAAAAGUCAUUACAGCUUCAAUUUACUUCAUGAGUUUUUUUAAAGAGUAGUCUGUAUUUAUAUUUUCAGACUAUAACAUUUGUAUAUUCUUAAAAUAACAUGACUUCUAAAGCAACAUAGAAUUAAUAAU